AUUAACGUUGUGUGCACAUUUGCGGUGGCCGCCCAUGUGCCAGACACCCCCUUGGCCGCCGUUCCAUUGCACUGCACCAUCCUGGGCGUCGGCGUGGCUAGUCAGCAGCUGGCCCGCUCUUCACGUUCCUCCCAAUGCUCAUCUUCUCCGGUGAACAACGACGAAGCGUGCGAGCGCUUGGGGUAGUUGGGUGCGGGCGCCUGCAGAAUCCGACCAUUAUAUUCACUUCAUCUAUAUUGUCCCGGCUGUGGCGCGCGGGGGUGUGAGCACUUGCGGGCAAACGGCCGCUCACCACGCGCGGGUUGGAGCUAUAGCUGGACGACGUUGGUCUUAUACCGCCCAGCCAAUCUCCGUACGACGACAUCGUCAGCGCUACGGCCUGCAGCGGGAGAGUCAGCAACUCCAGGAGCAUGUCGGCGGCUGCCAGGGAUGGCAGAGAGUCUUCGAAAAGAAGGAGCAUACUGUCGCUCGCCGGUCUGCGCUCCAGCGCCGACCUCCACGACGAUGGCGGCCGAGAUGUCAAGAAGCCAAAGACACUGAGCAAGAAGCCGAAGCAUGCGCGAGGGCCGAGUCAGUUGGGGCAUCUGAACUAUUCCGUGGUGGCCGACGAAGACCGGACGAAUACGCCACUAGCAGACCAGUCGCGAUCGCAAUCCAGACGACCCUCGAUCACCAUGAGAGCCUCCAAGCGGCCACCCUCAGUGUUCGAGUCGCUAAAGACGAGCUUGACGAGAGGGAGCACUGAGGACUUGUCCAGCUUUGCUCAGAACUAUACCAGUGCCGAACCGCCUUCGACCACCUCCUCUAAAGCGCCUUCGCUGGUGUUCGAUCAUACGCUCGAUAGCAUCGGAAAUGCUUCACCGGGUGCCUCCAAACAUGUGCUGCUGCACGGCGAAGUCCAAACGAGCGCUGGCAUGUUCAGAAAGAAGAAGGAAUACCUCGUGCUCACUGAGUAUGCUAUAUUACGGUACAAAACGCAGGCGAAGGCUGCGGAGCACUUCAGGACAAUACCUAGUGGGAGCAAUCGCAGUCCCAUGCAGAAACAUGCGUCAAUGCCGUCCGCGGGUUCACACAGUGAUCUUCAAUCGAUGUCGGACUCUUCCGGCGACAAGGAUGGCCGAGUACUAUUGCGGCAGAUUGUAGCUACGCAUAAGCUGGACGAUGGGAAACCAUACUUUGCGCUGGAAGUGGCUUACUUGGACGAGGAUUCUGGUUCUGCGUCAGUCAUGACGCUUCAGUUCGCACAUCCAGAGGAGCGAGAUGGCUGGCUGGUACGAAUACGAAGCGUUGCGAGCGAAUUGCGGUCCAAGGAGUCGACCUUGAUCUCGCCUCGAAGCCUUGAACAUGCCGCGCGAAUUGUGGAACGAGAACAUGACUACGACCCUACGAAUUGUGCAAUCUACAAGGUCGUGCAGAGACAGCCGGCAGUCAAGUCAGGGAGCAAAUCAUCAUCGGAUGACUUGACGAAAGUCUCAUCUACGGUGUGCUUCCUGGCGAUUGGUGUGCACAAAGUACAUCUAAUCGCGCUUGCCAAACCCCCAUCAAGGACUGCCAGCCCGCUCAUUGCUCCCAAUCACUCGCAGGCUUCGUUUGGGAUUCUGACCUUGAUUGGAGUUAAAGUCAGUAGCGAUGAUGACACUUUCGAGCUCGUGUUCCGACAGCCGAUGCAAAAGCCUCGCGUGCUAUGCCUUGCUUCAGCUUCGUCCUUCGAGAUCGCUGCAAGAUUACACUGGUCCGAGAACUUCCUGCGACCGGAGUGCGGCUAUCGACUGUUUAGGUUCAAAGUGCCUGUCGAGGUCGAUGAUCUGCUCCUGCCGCCAGCGGCCGCGGAUGUUGAGGAACACAACUGUCUGGACCGCACUUUGAUCGCAUACUGUGUAGCGUAUGGCGUAAACCCCUCGAAUAUCCGGUAUACAAUCAACUACAGCUGCGAAGAUGCUCCGCGGUUCGAACUUCUCGCUCCUGCAGAUCUGCGUCGACCGAGUUAUGGCCCUCUUGAACUCUUGGCCAUCAUGCGUGCUGUUCGCUACAAUGAAUCUUUUGGCAGCAUCUCGUUCGCUGGAAUCAAUCUAGACUCGCUGAACGGCCUGCAUGACAAUUAUGGCAACGAGCACGUCUGCACACGGACUAAGCGAGGUACUCCCAUCAGGCUCAGUGCAGACGAGCUCAGUCGGUCGUCAUUGCUUGUGCAAGAGGUUCGCGCAAUUGCCGCGACCAGCAAAAAGCUGCGACGCAUGGAUUUCUCUGGUUGCGUUACAGUCAAACACGCCGACACCACACCUACGAAUGAGGAGGCUCCUCGACACCCUGACAUAGGUAGUGGUGUGGUUGAGGCUCUGUUUCCACUAUGCAAACAUCAGACCACCAACGUGGACUGGAUUUGUCUCAAUGGCAUAGAACUGAGUGAGACUGAUCAGGACUAUUUGGUUGGUGCCGCCGUGGAUAAGUCGUGUCAUUUUCGUGCCAUCGAGCUCAAUCGAUGUGGGCUGAACGAUCGUAGCUUGGGACUGAUUCUUGAUGCCCUCCGUGCGCAAGAGAACACAUUGGAGUCACUCGAGAUCGCUGGUAACAGCGCCCGAUUGAGUCCUUCCGCCUUCGACAGCCAGCUGGGGAUGUUUGCUUUCAUUCGAAAAUUGAACCUCUCCAACGUCUCCAGGACGUCCGGUAGCGAGGCAUUCAUACAAGCAGAGACGCUGCUUAUGUGGCGUCUCCAGGAACUGCGUCUCACUGGCACAACUCUGAAUGCGAACACCAUCGAUGCAAUUUCCACGUAUCUUGCUCAUCCUCAGUCAGCUAGCUUGCACGAAUUAUACCUCGACAACACAUACCUCACAGGCGGUGACGUAGCAACCCUCCUUCAUAGCAUGUCGUGGGAGAACGCUGCGCCACGGGACAUGCACCUCGACAUCAGCCAGUGCGUAGUGAGCAAAGGUCUUGAAAAGGUCACUCAAGCCAUCUCCAACAGCCUCACGCCAUCGCACCUGAGUAUGCGCUCGAUCGAGUACAAAGAGGAGUCGCAGUUCAGGAAAAUACUGAAAGCGCUCACUGUAAACAAAAGCAUUCGAUGCCUCGACAUUUCUCAGACAGGUCUUCCAGGAGACGCAAGCGACGAUACAUGCGCUGCCAUUGCGAAGCUGCUGGCCAAGAACGAAACGAUCAUAGAGCUCGACAUAUCUGGGGAUGACUCCCGCUUGGCAACUUCCAAGUUUGGGCCUGGCAUCAAUGAAGCACUGAAGGGACUCAAGGAUAAUACGUCUCUGCAGGUUUUCAAAGUGGAAAAGCAGAAGCUCGGCAUAAGAGGCGCGAGUACUCUCGCUGAAGUGCUACGGCUGAAUCGCACUCUUCUGGAGCUCCAUUGCGAUAACAACGAAAUCCCUCUGCAUGGUCUUACUGAUCUGGUCAAUGCAUUGACUGAUAAUACAGUACUCGUCUUCUUGCCAGCUAUGAACGACGGACGAGCGGCGGCAUUCAAGGCAGCGGAAGCAACAAUGAGGACAAUGUCUGAACUCGAUCCGCCUCGAACAUCGCUCAGUAGCGGGAAAGCUCCUGUAGGACACUCUUCCCCAGUGAAAAAAGGCUUAGCGAGCAUGCGUAAGACGACUUCACGGGCAGCAUCGAGCUAUACACCUUCGUUCCCAGCACUUGCUUCAUACGGACGAUCAACGCCUCUACACGAGACGCGUAAUGUCUCUCCACUAUCGCUCAAUCUACCACCCAGCAAAAAAGCCAGCCACAGCCCCUCAGGCAGCUCACACAGCCACGCGGCAUCCUUCACAAUCCAAGACGUACAAACCACACACCGUCUCCUCACAGAACAAUGGGAUCGCCAAUGCUACCGCCUCGAACAAUAUCUCCAUCGAAACUGGUGUCUCCUCAACAACGUCCCCGUCAAAAUGGAAAUCGAAGACGAAAAAUUCGAACGACCGGGUUCGGUAGGCAGUAUUGGGAAAAUGCUCGAGCAAGUCAAAAUUGAUACUACACCGAAAGCAGAUUUGGAUACUGGAAGAGUGGGGUAUUUCGAUUCUCCGCAGGAUGAACAUCCUACGGAACCGAUUGAAUUUCCUACGCCGAGACAACAACCGCAUGCUGCGUCGAGGAGUGGUGCGCCGCAGAUUUCGCCGAUUGAUGAGAGUAAGCAUGGGAUGAGUUUUAGGCAGUUUUUGCUUGAUGGUGCUGGAGCUGGAAGUCCGCCGACGAGUUCGAAUUUGAAUCCUGGGAGAGGGAGUGCGGAGAGUCAGACCAGGUCGAUGGGUAAUGAUGUGCGAACGUUGAGGAUUGAUACGGCGGUUGGGAAUGAUGGGGGAAGGACGCCGACGUAGGACGCACAGAGGAUUUGGGUCUCGCUCGGGUCACGCUUGGUUUUUUAUUGCCACGGGAAAGAAAGCGAGCGUCUUUGGCUUCUCAUCUUCGUUUUGACCGGUUUGGAGUAUCCGUCGAGAGAUCUUCUCUUGGCGGAGCUUGAUUUCAUCUUUGGAAGCGGCUACGUUCACACACAAAAGAAGAGAGAGAUUCUUGCUGUCGUUUCUUUUGCAUUGGGAAUUGGUUGGCAGUGGUGUACAAGUUCUUGGUAUUUUGGUGUUCAGCAGGCCGGCCGAUUAAUUGGUCGAUGGGAGGAGGGAUGGAAGGGGGCAACACUUUUUUGGGCGCUAAUCCUUGGUGGGUUUGGAUUGUUGUUUUGUACAUAUAUCACGCUUAGAGCGAUCGAACGCAAAAGACGACAGUGUGAUUGUUAUGGUGGGAGAUGAGAGAGGAAAGAGGGAAGCAAGAGUAAAGUUAAAAGUAAGAGUGAAUGCAAUCAAUGUGACGGCG